CAUCCCGUCCGACUACACGUCCCAUGAUGCACCGUUUUGUUGUUACGUGAAGGGAAAAACAGAAGAAGCGCCUCGUGACGGGUCGGGGGCGUGGCUUCGUUUCUCUGGGCUGCGCUCUUGGGCAACGGAUAAUCUAAUGUAUGACCGCGGAGUGUGAGAAAGCGGAGUCCUAACGGAGAUUUCUUUUUUUUCCUGGAUUUGAAACAACAUGGCAGACGUAGUGGAGGGAGAGGACGUGCGCUCGGCUGCGCCCUCCGUGUUGCGCUCCUCACGGCACGGCUCCGGCGGGAACGUUACUGCGGGCCCUCGGCUUGUCCGCAUUAUCAAGUCGGAUUCGGGUUACGGCUUCAACGUCCGCGGCCAAGUGAGUGAAGGAGGUCAGCUGAGGAGCAUCAACGGCGAGCUGUAUGCGCCGCUACAGCAUGUCAGCGCCGUGUUACCGGGCGGUGCGGCGGACAGAGCCGGCAUCUCCAAGGGCGACCGCAUUCUCGAAGUGUGUGGCCGAAGGUGUGUACAUAACUGCUUGCAGUUCACAUGCACAAACGAGGCCUUAACCUUUUUGUGUAAGUCAUUUUCCUUAUUGCAUUCCCUGUUAUUUUACUUUACUUGAUCUCUCUGCUAUUCUGAGAACAUGAACAGAUGCUCAAAUGCUUAUAUUAUAUGGAAAUAUUCCAGUAAGCCACAGAACUAUGCUUUUCUAUGGCUAAUAAUUGAAUCCUACACUCACCGCCAGUAAACUGAAAGUCUGGAGGUUAGCUCUUUGACCCAAAAUGGUCAGAAUGGUUUUGGAGACCAUUUGAUCUAGACAAAGACAUUAACAAAGAAAAUUCACAAACUCAUGUCUAAAAUAGCCAUCAUACAGCAAGGCGGCCUAGCCGUGCCUUACUCAAAUACGAAGAGCAAACUUUGUUACCUGUACACACACAACGUCUUCAUAAUGGAUUUGCUCAUGGCUUGGGCUUGCUCUCAGGAUUAAUAAUGACAUGUCGACAAUCAAGUUCUAUGCAUUUAGUUUUCUAAAGUUAAUAAAAGGAUGAUGAUAGAUAGCCAUGUAGACCUGUUACAAUUUCACACAGUAGUAUAACAUUUGUUGGGCUACUUGCCCAACUAAUUAAAAGAGAGAGAGAGAUACAACAUGUCCAGCUUAUGUGAACACAAAUAGCAUGUGAUAUAAAGGAGAAAGAAAAUUAAAACUAAUCCAUAAAUCAAGACAAAUUAAUUUCUACCAUGAAACAAAAGCAAUGUCAUCACAUAAACAGAGGACAGUAAGGUCUGCCUACUCAAAGCCAAAGCAGAUACCUCAGUGCAUGUCAGGAAUAGCUGGCUUAUAAAUCUGAUCUUUUUGUAAACCCAUGUUUUUUCUAUCACAUCCCUGUGUGAUGUGCUCUCUUCUCCACUGUUUUCAUUUCGUGUUUUUUUUUUAAUCUCACUUCAUUUCCAACUGAUUCAUAUUUUCUGUGCUUGAGGUCUAUGUCAUUGUAUUAUGUCUUUAAAUUUUGACUGAUUCAAGUGAUACACUGCACUACAUUUUUAUUGGCAUAGAAGUAAGUCAAAAUAACUUUUCUUUCAUUAUUAAUUUCAUGUUUUCAUGUUUUAUUAAUUUCAAUUUCAUUAUUAAUUUCAUAUCUGUGCAAUUGACCUUUCUGGAUUUUUGUAGUUGUGACUUCAUGCAAAUGUGCUGUGGCAGGAAUUUGCUUGGCACAGGUUUUCAAUCUACUUGAACGAGUAAAAAGCAAAUCUGACUUUCAAAUGUAAAAUUUUGGUUCUGUUUGGCUUAAGCGAACAAUUACUCAUGUAAAAUUCAGCCUAACAAAUAAACAUAACAAAAACCAGCAAUGAGUUUAUAUACUGACAACAGGUUACUGUGGAUACAGGGAGUGCUGGGGAGGAAAUGGUGGGUGAGUGGGUUGAGCUAGGUUAAAUGAGGAUACAUCCUCCUCCUUUCCCACUAACUUUUCUCUUUAAACUAACUCCUUUGCUAUGCACAUUUUAUUUUUUCUCAAACCCACAGUUUAACAGGUAAUUCAGGUUUUCAUCCUUAGUCUCUUCUGCAUUCAGUUUGUUUCCCAUUGUGUUUCACACUCUCCUUUACAUGCAAACAACCAUCUUGCUUUUUUUUUUCUCUGUUCCUAGGCCCAAUGUUUUAUUGCAUAAAAACACACAUGCUCUUUCACUCUGUUCAAUCUCACUUCCUCUUGCCUUAUACUACUUUUAUGCAGUGAUAAAUUUGUGUGGUCAUGUCAACAACAAAGACCAGAAUCAUAGAAACACAGUAGUCUCUCUCUUGCCAGGACAAUCGUGAGAGAGCACCUACCACAAACCUCCAGCUGAAGCUGAAUCAUCAGGCAUAUGUGUGUGUAUGUGUGUGUGUGUGUGUGUGUGUGUGUGUGUGUGUGUGUGUGCAGAGUCAGAAUAACAUGCAUGCACAAAAAGUACAUGCAUGUUUUUUUCUUUUUUCAGUUUUUCCUAAUAAUACUUCAGAAUUAAGCAGUUUGCAACUGAUCAGGGGCGUAGAUUACUUUUUAUAAAAAGUAAAUUCGUCCCCCUCACUUUUUUAGUGGAGAGUUGUGUUCACCACAUGUUGAGGUUUUAAUGGAGCAAUGUAUAUAAAUGCAGAGUGAUUUAAAAUUCAAAGAGACAAGAAAGUUUAAGAUCCGAAUUGUGUUGCACAAUGUUUAGUAACUCUGCCUGUUGCUCUUGUUGAAUAAUUAGCAAGUUUUAAUUUAAAGGAUUAUAAGGAAAAAGAGCUGCUUUGACAAACGUUAUAUAAACUCUUUUAUAACGUCUUUUGUUUUAACAAGUGUGUUAUCAAAACCCUUCAAAUAAGAAUAAAGAUAAUGUUGAACUGAGAUUUUACAGCAAGUUUAACUCUGCCAAUUCUACAUAAUAUCAAGUGUGUGUCACUGUAUGUACACGACAGAGACGAGGACGACGAAUAGUGACAUUAAAAAUGUCAUUUUAAUAAUAAGGAGCAGGUAAAUCACACAUACAUACAACAUAGUAAAAACGAUAACCAACAGUGGUGAUGGGUAUAAAUAGAGUCCGGGUGAACAGACAGGUGAAGAUGGGAAACAAACAUGGUGGAUGACGGGGUGCAAAGGAUGAUGGGUAAUGUAAAAAAUGUAAAUAAGUUACAAAGAUGUCCCUUUAAGGGUACUGUCCCAGUGGCAAGCUGUUCUAUUUCUUUCUUUCUUUCUGUUUUAUAAUCAUAUAUAAUCAUAACGCAUAUAAAUCAUGAUUAAAAAAAUCAUGAUUAAAAAUAAAUCCCCCCCCCCCAUUUUUUAAAUGAUGGCUACGCCCCUGCAACUGAUCAUGUGUCAAAACUUAUAUUUAACACAGAACACAACAGUGUGUCAGCCAAGAUGUUAAACAUGAAAUGCUGUUUUGCAGGUUUGAUGUUUUUUUUAAAUAAUUAAAAAAAUAGGGUGUGGACAGUCAGAUAAUGCAUAUAAGGGCCAGUCCUUCCCUCGUCUAAUCAGCUCAUCCUUCUCCAUCUUUGUUUUCACUGGUCUAACUCGCUGUCUGAACCUAA